AAUGGAUUGUAUGUUAUAUGUAGUCGCGUAAAGAUACGACAGUCGCGUAAUCGAUAGUUGAAAAUAAAAAUCUCCAAAAGAAGUUAAUAAAAACGUUAAGAACCGUGUGAAAUAUAGAAUAGAACCAUGUGGAAUUGAACCGUGUAAAAAAUAUUUUUUUGAUGGAAUAUUCAAUACUAUACCCUUAUAAUGCAUCUUCUAUGUUUUUGAAUGCGAUUGCAAAAAGAAUUAAUUAAUUUUUCGACAAGUUUAACGACUUUCUGUGAAGUGUCGAUUUAAAGUGAUAAAUAAUUCGACUCAUUAUAACCUGGAGUUUUAGGGUCCAAGGCUUGUCGCUGCUACCAUUGUGGGCGUAUGUGUCCUUGGUCAAGAUACUUAACAGCAAUUGCUACAACCCAGUGGUCACUAAUGAGUUGUUUAAAUUAUCAGCCAUAAUGUCAGUUCAAGAUAGCAAGAUAGCAAGUGCUUAAUAAUUUGACAACUUUAAUUUUAAAUUCCUAGACGUAUAAUAAAAUUAAAGCCAUUUUCGGCGUUCGGUUCGUCUGUAGCACUUAGUUAUAAUAGUUAUGUAGUGUAAACUGACGUCUGAAACAACAAUUGGAAUAUGAAGUCCAGCGUAAGUGACGAUUGCAUGGACGAUUCAGAAGCUCUACGAAUUCCAUGUAACGGGAAAAUACCAAAGUCAAACAAAACUUUUGCAAUUACUGGAACCGAAAGCCCGAGGUCCAGCAUUGUUUGCCAAAGCCCGUCUUUAGUAAAACUGUCAUCAACCAGCAAUCUUAAACUUCAUGCAAAUUAUGACCGGGGAAGAAAAAACUCUUUAGAAUUUGAGGUUCCGCCUAAUCUCUCCCCCUUGAGCGAUUGUCCCACUGAGUUUGAACAACGUUCAACGUGCGCGGGAGAUUCUCCACAGCACCAUGGUCAUUACACCACAAACCCUGAGAAACUUAAAUCUAAGAAACGUUCACACGGUCGUAAAACCUCCAUAUUUGCCUCAGCUUUUGGUAAAUUACACCAAACGAUACGAAGAAAGAAAUCUCGAAAAUUCACACGUUGCGAGAAGGGGGAAAACAUGGAAGAAAAGCAAAAAAAACGACAACGAGUUCGGCUUAACGUUGGCGGAUAUAUACACGAGGUGCGGUGGGGAACACUUGAGCAACUUCCACACACUAGGCUUGGCAAGUUAAGAGAAUGUGAAACUAGAUGCGAGAUUAUGGGACUCGCCGACGACCACGACCCAACGUCUAACGAAUAUUUUUUUGACCGUCAUCCCGGAGCUUUUACUCCAAUAUUGAAUUUUUACAGAACGGGAAAGCUUCAUAUGCCAGAGGAUAUUUGUGCUUUGGCAUUUAGCGCUGAGCUUGAUUACUGGGGGAUUGACGACAUUUACAUUGAAUCCUGCUGUCAAGCUCGCUAUCAUCAGAAGAAAGAGCAGAUUUUAGAAGAACUCAGGAGAGAAGCGGACGCGAUCAGGGAAAGACAGGGAGAUGAUUUUAGAGGAAUGUGUUGUGCUGAACGACGAAAACUGGUCUGGGAUCUCAUGGAAAAACCGAAUUCCUCACUCGCAGCAAAGGUGAUUGCGAUCGUAUCCGUCUUGUUUAUUGUCCUAUCAACGGUCGCUUUGACACUCAACACUGUCCCCGGGCUGCAGGGCAAGGACGGUUUCGACAACCCCCAGCUCGCCCACAUAGAGAGUGUUUGCAUCGCAUGGUUUACCAUGGAGUAUUUAUUAAGGUUCAUGUCAUCACCAAAUAAAUGGAAGUUUUUCAAAGGACCGCUGAAUAUCAUUGAUUUACUUGCUAUUCUGCCGUACUACAUCACAUUAUUUCUCACCAAGUCAAACAGUCAGAUCCUUCAGUUUCAAAACGUUCGCCGCAUAAUUCAGAUCUUUCGUAUCAUGCGAAUAAUGCGAAUCCUUAAGCUGGCCAGGCACUCUACUGGACUCCAAUCUCUCGGAUUCACACUCCGAAGAAGUUACAACGAACUUGGGCUGCUCAUGCUGUUCCUCGCUAUCGGGAUAAUGAUGUUUUCAAGUCUCGCCUACUUUGCUGAGAAAAAUGACAAUCCGAAGCAGUUCAGCAGUAUCCCUGCUUCGUUUUGGUGGGCUACAAUCACCAUGACAACCGUGGGUUAUGGUGAUAUUUCUCCAACGACGUUACUUGGAAAACUGGUUGGUGGUAUUUGUUGCAUCACCGGUGUAUUAGUGAUCGCCCUGCCUAUUCCAAUUAUCGUGAACAAUUUCUCUGAGUUCUACAAAGAGCAGAAGAGACAAGAAAAGGCGCUUAAGAGAAGAGAAGCACUGGAGAGCGCUAAACGCAAUGGUAGCAUUGUAACCAUGAACCUCAGAGACGUUUUUGCGAAGUCAAUUGAACUAAACGAAGCUUCGAUAGAAAACCAAGGAAACCAAAUCACAAAGUUCGCUGAAAUAACUGAUGGAAGGGUAACAGGUUCCAAACACACGUCACCAGAACACGUGGCCUAUCUAAGUCACGCCGAAAUGGCGAGCGAAAAUGAAAAAAACAACUCGGGAAUGUGUCUCGUGGACGUGGGUGAUACGUCAGCUGAAGUUUUAGGGAAACCCCCUGAAUACAACGUCACAAUGGAAGUCGGAAACAAUGUGACGUCACCAAAGCAUAAUGGGUUAGAAAGGAACAGCAACCAGAACAAUGGGGCACACGAUAAAAAUCAUGAGUUUGAUAUUGAGAACCCGAGCUUUACAAGUCGCGAUGACGAGUUGUAUGUUGGAGAGAACAGUUCGUCACCACGCGACCUUACUCACGUAAUUUGUGAUACGGUAGUGGGCGCUCAUGCACGCAGACGAGGAACGGUAAUGCCGGAAAAACGAAGCGAGUUUGACUCGGGCUACGACAUUGGAAGCGUGAAAGAAUAUUGUUCCAACCAGCAAACUACAUCAAAGGACCCGACCAAGCUGUUCCGAAGUACUUCCGUGGAAUCAAACGCCGUCCUAAACGGAGAUUUACCGCGGGAAACCGACACUCCGGACUCCGCAAACAGUUUCCAAGAAACCCCGAAGUUCCUUGACCACAGCCCGCAUUGGCCUCACUUCAGGAAUCGAACAACCGGCGACGAUUCUGUAGACUCAUUCGUAAGCCUUGAUGCUAGCACGAGUGCUUCGUCGGAUGACACAGGGGUGGUUUUAAGCGCCCCACCAGGUACGGCAGACGACAUUAUUUGUCACGGCAGUCACUCGUACAAAGAGCAAAGUAUCGACAGCGGUGGAACGCCAACCAGUCCACACAACAACUUCCCUUCUAAUUUAUUCCCAAAGGCCCCGAUGCUCGCUAUGAUCAAGGAGAGAAGUUUUGAGUUACAGACCUCACCAGAUAUGCCUCCUGUCCCCGGAGCAAUAGAAGAUAGCGUAGGUUCAACGGGAAACGACGUUCUACCGCUUAUUUCCUCUAGAGAUCUAGAUAUUGACCGGCGAAAUAUACAAAACGUGCACGGAGUUAAAGGGUGGAGUUCAGAUCAUGAGUUCAGUCCAGUUACUUCAAUAGAUAAAGAUGGCGGCUCGGAGCAUAACAGUAAUGUCAAUGGUCAAGUAUAUAGUGUAAGUUCCGCUCUUAGCAGAUCAAGUUGUCCAGAAGAGACAAAACCACUUUGUUUAAAAUCACAGAGCGACAACAGGCCCAAAGGAUUGAACGAAUAUUCGAAACCGGAAAAGUCAAAGAAAUUUUCGAGCUCGAAAAGAGAGUCGCCUUCUUCCCCCGGUUACGUGUUCGACAUUGACGACGUCAUUGAUGACGCAGAUGACGCAAUUCGAGACUUAAUCAAAACGAGCAGCGAAAUCGACCGAGUGAUGCAACAUACAAGCGAAGUAAUAAAUAUUGUCCUUGAGGAUGAUGCGGGGAAACUAAAACAAAACACAACCGUAUAAUAAGAUACACAACCUGAACGUGUUUUAAGUACAAUUCUCUAAAAUGCAGAUAAAUAGUUCAUCCGCAAGAGUUUGCCAAAUACUCCAAGAAACACAUUAUAGUUCAUAUGGUUCCUUUACAUUGCCCAUUCUUUUUUUCUUGAACGUACUAUCACGUUCGUUUAUUUGAACAUUUACACAAGAUACGACCAUAAGGUUUCAGCGCAUAAGCGUUAACUUUUAAACAAACGGUUCUGUUACUGCCGUUUGCGGCGCUAUAUUUUAACUGGGCUUAUUACAGGGCACCGCCGGUCUGUUCCAAUAUAGUAGGGUGGGGUAAAAUGGGACGCCUAUUCAUUCUAUUUUUUCGCCCUAUUUGGUAGUACAAAGAACAUUUAAAGAAUUAUAAACUCGUGUCCCCACGACUCCCAUUGACCGUUGAUAGUUGUUCAAAACACGUUUAGUAUAUUUGAAUAUUAUGUGUUUAAGGGGUCCCGUCUAUUCCCAUCCUACUAUAGAUCAAUAUUUUCACUGUGAAAAGUAUUUUUUUAUUUUGCACUGUGCGUGGUUGGAUAUGCGUCGUAAAAUUGGUGUUAAAGUACCGUGCACGUUGUAUAUUUUACAAAUGUUUAUUUUCCAUGACGUCAACGAUUGCAUCAUAAUCACGUGAUCACCCGCAGUUAAAUGAGCCAGGGUGUUAUUCCUUUUCACGCAAACAACAAUAAAUACUAUAUACUGAA